AUGGAUCUUGCAAAUGAAAUUCCAAGUAAGAUUAUUGUGGAAUCCAAAUAUGGAAAAUUUGAGCAGGCAGUAAAUAUACCAAACCUUCCAAAAUUCUGUUACCAUUGCAAGAUUGUUGGUCACUUAACUGCUGAAUGUAGAAACAAAAGAAGAGAAUAUGAAGAAAAAAAAAAGGGUGACAAUGCAGUAUAUCCUGUGGAGACAAAAAAAGUAUGGAGAAAGAUUACUCCAAAGAAGAAACAGCAAGAUACUUCUGGUUUUGAUAUAUGUUAUUCAGCUAAUGAAGUAGGAGAAGCAAGUACCCCUGCAAGUCAGGUUCCUGUUAAAACUCAAGAACAAAUUAACAAUUCAGCUAAAUUCCAUGUUUUACAAAAUAUGAAUGAUGAAGCAUUUAGUUCACAAGUUGAGUUCCCUGUUAUUUUAGUAUCAAAUAUCUUAAGCAAUGCAUCAAGUGCUCUAUAUGUUAAUAAAGUAUCUAGUGGGGUGCCAACAAUUUCAGUUUCAAGUGCUCCAUCUGAUAAUAAAGUCACUAGUGUGCCUCCUACUAAUAAAGGUGAUGCAAAGGAUAGUAAUAACAACAAGGGUUCUAAAGUAAAGAAGAAAAUUCACGAAGUUCAAAAGCCUUUUGUUAUUUCAUUAUCUGAUCAAGCUAUAACAGUGGAAGUGGGUGACACAUUUGUUACUGGUAUUCAUGCAGCAAGUUUAACUGUUCAGAGAAGAAGUUUGUGGGAGGAAUUGGUGGAUAUUAGUUUGAUGAAUAAACCAUGGCUAGCUAUGGGAGAUUUCAACACAGUUAUGAGGGAAGAAGAAAAGAAAGGUGGUUUAAGGCCAAUGAGAAUCUCCAUGAUGGAAUUCAAUAAUUGCUUAUAUCAAUGUGGCUUAAUGCAGGCUCCUAAAAUAGGUUUAGAAUUCUCCUGGUGCAAUAAUAGAGCUGGUAAGAAAAGAAUUUUGUGCAAUCUUGACAGAGAAGUAUUUAAUGAUAAAUGGUUAGAGAAAUUUCCAAGUUGGAAAUACAAGGUGGGAGUAAGAAGUAUAUCUGAUCAUAGUACUUUACAUGGAGAAAAUGCUGAUAUUCCAAAACCCAGUAACACUCCAUUUAGAGCUCUGAAGAGAAUGAAGGUGGACUUAAAAGAGUGGAACUGGUCAACUUUUGGUGAUGUAAACAAAAAACUGAAGCAGGCAGAGGAGAAUGUUAUGGUAGCAACAGUUGCUUCAGAUAAUAAUAUUGAGGAUACUUUUUUGUUAAAUAAACUUGUAACAACAAGAGGCAUUCAGGAAAUUCUUGAACAACAGAAGAGAGAAAUUACACAUCAGAAGUCAAGAGUAAUGUGGCUGAAAGAUGGAUCAGCAAACUCAAAUUCAUAUCAACAUGAGAAUAAGACAAUAUCAAAAUAUGAUAAUUGA